AUGUUCAAGGAUUUGAACGGCAACCAGUGUGGUGCAGCUACUUCAGUGGCAGGUAAGUGCAAAUCCAGCAAGUUGCAUUAGGGAUACCACUUGUAUGUAAAAUAUAUUGAAAUAAUGUACGACUCUUCCACAGAACGUAACUGCAUCUUGUGCAAAGAACUUGGUCAAAGUCAGUAUUUUUAGUUUUUCCCUAAUUGGCUGAGCUUUGCCUUCCAGAUGUAAUUAUACUUUUAACUCUCCUGUACUUUAAGUGAAGGCUGCAGAUCAGCUUAUAUUUUUACCCAAACAAGAUCCUUGUUAUAGCCUAAAAUCAAAGAAAUUACCACCCCCCUUAAUGUUUUGUUAAGGGACUGAAUUUAAAAAAAAAUAAAAAAUAGGGACUUGGUUAUAAAAUAAAGCAUAAAUCAAAAUCUACAGUUUGCAGAUUCUUGGGACCUCCUAUAUUCUGCAUCUUGGAAAUGAGACACGCAUACUGUGCUUCAGUAUAUAGAUCAGAGGCAUCUCUUUUCAACUUGUGGCCUAGAUUGAUUUUCUUUUUGUUUAAGAAAGGGUUAAGUUGAAGAAGCAGGGGGGAAAGAAAGAAAUUAACUAAAGUAAGGCCCUCGUGAUACAAUGACACUUGCUCUAUGCUCUUACAGAGAAAAACAGGAUGAUAAAACACCACAAAGAGGAGUGUUAUGAAUUUUAUUAAUGACUAGAAGACAGUGUGCAAAACAUCAAAGGUCUGUGGAAAAGAUUAAUGACCCCGUGUGAGACUGUUUAAUUACCUCCAGCUAAUUAGAUUCUUGACCAAAUUUUUAAUAUCUGCAUUCCUUCUAAAGCCUAAUUGAGAUUCCACAUUAUUUAUCAAUCUUUCAAAAAGCCCUUAGUGUGCUGGUUUUUUCAAGGUUCCCCCUCCCCCUCCCUUUUGCACUUUGACUCCAUUUAUGGUCAAUUAUUAAAUAAAUAGCAAAGUAACUGUUCGCCACAAAUUGUAUAUGUGGAACACUUUAUGCCUGUUUAUUUUGACUGGGAGACUACCAUUGGCAGCGAUUCUGCUACAUAAUGAAGCGCUCUAAUAAAUUGACUUUGCCCACUGUAAACACGGGUGGUGGUAUUUUGGUUAUUCUCACUGCGCUUGAGAACUCUCUCUCUCUCUCUCUGUGUGUGUGUGUGUGUGUGUGUGUGUGUGGUAAAGUAGCAUACUGUACGUUAAUCCUUGUUUCUGUUUACCUUGGUCCCAUCUCAGAGACAGAAAGGGAAUGUUUAUCAUGCAAACUGGAGAAGUCUGCCCGGGCCACUUCAUUACAGUCGCUCUAUUUCAUUUACGAUUGCUUCGGCACUGCUCCCAACAGAAUGGUCUUUGUAUAACGUAAUUAAUAAUAGAAGGCAAGGAACGUAACUAUUAUUUACAGCCUCAACCAGUGUGAUGGACCAAGCCGGAGUUCCUCUGUACCAGUAAGUAGGGGGCGGUGAGAUUGGAAUGUCCUAUCCAGUGUCGGGGGGUGGGAAUCAAGCUUGUAAUGAGCAUAAAUGGUUCCCUGGAGAGAGAUGUAGCAGAACUUUACCCUAUCAGAACAUGAGAUCUUGUUUACAUAAUGGGACUGAAUUUGAAAUAGCAUACAGCUGGAAAGAACGCAACGCAAUUCACCAAGCCGAUCUCCAGUGAAAGUCGUCCUUAAAUGAGUAGGACUUGCACUGUAGCCGCAUCUAAGGACAGCAUCCAUCACUUCUCCUGAAUCAUAUGUUCUACUGGGAUUUAAGAAAGCUGCUCAAAUGCUAUGCCUUGCAUAAAUUUUUUAAAAAUGCUUUUCAAGAAAUGAUGCACUUGAAGGACAACUGGACUAUACGAGGUUAAUAUAGCCAGCCAAGAAUUUUCAUUUAAAGAAAACAUUCAGAGAGGGGAAAGGCAACAAUUAAAAUUGUUUUAAUUGCAACAAUUAAAAUUGUUUUAAUUGCAACAAUUAAAAAGUUUUAUCUUUAAUUCAUUUCAGUUGAUGAUUGUCAGGCUUCAAAAUGUUUUUAUUCUCACUGCUUUUGACAGACAGGGACUUUUAUUUAUUUUCAGCCUUCACAGCCAAAGAUUCAACACAGUUUACAAACAAAAUAAAGGAAUGCACAGUGCACAGGUGAUAUAUAUACAGUGCACAGGUGUGUGAGUGUGGGGGGACACAAUACAGUCAAGAGGAUUACAGCUUUUGGGGGAUGCCAAAAAUAUACAGAUGUCAUACAACUUAAAGCCUGGUCAGAAAUGGCUUCCCCCAACUCUCUUAAGAACGUAAGGAACAAAGGGAGAUGCCUUAUACAGAGCCAGAGCACUGAUUCACAUCCAGAGCAUUGACCCACAUCAAGCUCAAUAUGGCCUACACAGACUGGCAGUUCACUAGCAUUGUCAGACUCAUGGGUGACCUUGAGGUAGAAGUGAAGGUAAACACCAACAAUUGGGAAACACUGGCCUGUGAGCGCUCCAACUGGAGAACAGCCUUUACCAAAGGUGUCAUGGGCUUUGAAGACACGAACUCAGGACGCAAGGGAGAAACGCGCUAAGAGGAAGGCACCCUUGGCAGAUCCACACCGUGAUCAACUCCCGCCUGGGAACCAAUGUCCCCACUGUGGAAGGAUGUGUGGGUCCAGAACUGGCCUCCACAGUCACUUACGGACUCAUUGUUAAAACCAUGUUUAUGGAAGACAAACUUACUCGGCUACAAGUAAUCACAGAAGAAGAAGAAGAAGAAGAAGAAGAAGAAGAAGAAGAAGAAGAAGAAGAAGAAGAAGUGAAGGUGGGGCUGCAGCUGAAAAUGACAGUGUCAUGUUGAAAUUCUCCUCUGAAAUUCAUAGCAAGCUGCUUCAUACCAAGUCAGGCCAUCGGCUCAAAACUGACUGCAGUGACAAAUACUGACUCUCCAGGAUCUGAGGCAGGUAUCUCUCUCGGCCCUAACUGGAGAUGCCGGGGAUUGAACCUGCAAGCAAAGCAGAUGCCCCACCACUGAGCUACAGCCCUGUGUCACUACCGUCUCUGUAUUUGUCAGCCCAUUAACAGUGUAGAUCAGCUUCCGCCCAACCUGCUGCCCUCUAGGUCAGGCAUAGGCAAACUCGGCCCUCCAGAUGUUUUGGGACUACAACUCCCAUGAUCCCUAGCUGACAGGACCAAGGGUCAGGGAUGAUGGGAAUUGUAGUCCCAAAACAUCUGGAGGGCCGAGCUUGCCUAUGCCUGCUCUAGGUAUUGCUAGCUUUCAACACCCUGAAUGCCCAAUUUUCAGUAAAAUGAUCAUCUGAAGGAGUCCUGUGGUGGACAGAUUGGUUCUAUAGCUUGACCACAUUUUCAUCCAUACUGUAUCAGUUUUUAAAAUAGUAUUUGGCAUUGGAUUUUUAAAUGUUUACAAGUCACAUCAAAACUUCUGCAUCUCCUGAUUAUGAUGGUUAUUAUUUCCAUCCUCCAUCUUUCACUGUUAAGCUCUGAUCCAAUUUUUCAUUCAUGUUAGCGGACUACCUUUUAAAACCGAAAACAAGCCAUCGUUUCAAAAAGUAGGUUGAAUUAAAAAAAAAAAAAAAAACUUUUCGCAUCCCACAUUAUGUGCACAUGUGAAGGAGUUACUGUGCACUGCCAUUCUGAACUUCCACACAAAGGAUCAAUGUCAAUAGAAACCCAACAGUGGUAAGUCAUUAUCUCCUGCCGUGAGGUCUUUUAGAAAUGUCUCUCUAGCUUUGCUCUGCUCCCAUCAGUGUCUCCAAAGAGUAAUUCUCUCUCCUGACCUGUGGAGGUCUGGGUAAUACAAUCCCUGAUAGAAGCUGCAGCAGUCUUUUAUCUUAUCUUUCAUGACUUUCACAUGGAUGUUGUUUAAAGGAACACAUUAAGGCAAAGGCAAGACCAAUUAACAGCAGGAUUACUCAAGUUAACAUCCUAGUCAUAUAAAUCUAAAUAUCUCUUCUUCUUCAACAUGUCAAGAAAAUUCAUGAUCGUGACUCCCACACAUGAACAUAAUUUUUUCCCCUUGUUCUUUUAUGUGUUUAAAAUGAAACUGCUCAUUUUGCAAAACAGGUACAUCAAAGCAGAUGUUCACAAUUGUAGAAGGACCAACAUGUACCAUUUAUGUGCCAGUUUUGAACACCAGAGGGGCUUAAAAUGCUCCAUCUCUGAAUUUUCACCAAAAUGUGAACAUCAGCUCUUUUUUGAAGUUGCGCAGUCAGAACAAACAGAAGCUUGGUUAUUUUUUUAAUUUUUCAUUAAGGCUUUUCAGUGGUAUUUUUAAUUUAUUACAUUAUUUAUAAUACUGUAUUUCCACACUGAGUGUAUGGAAGACAUUCCACAAUUAAUACGAUAAAAAAACUAAGCAGUCACAAAAACAAUGGAAACAACAAUUUAUCAUAAGAGAGGCAAAAUCCAUGGAGAUGAAAAUUAGGCAUGAAUGACUGGGGUCCAGUGAGAUUUCUCCAGGCUAGCUUGCCAAAUGACUCUGGUAAAAGGUAUUCCUGGCCAGUGGCCCCACCUGAGCAUCUAGAAAAAGAAGCAGUUGCAGGAGUAACUCCAAGUCACAUACCUGCAGAUUUAGGAGGGCUGCAAUCAGACCCAGAGCAAACUUUGCACCCCAAGAUUGUCAAGAUCAGCAAACCAACCAUACCUGCAAUAUCUGGGUUAAGCUUAAGUUUAAGUCCAUCCCCAUCUAGUUCUAAUGCUGCCCUCAAACAGAGGUUUAUAACUGCUACUGCCUCCUGGGGAUCAGAGGACAGAAAUGAGAGAUAGAGCUGGGGUUACUCACAGAAAUCUCCAAAUGAACCAGUGGUUCCAACAUUUAGAUGUUGAACAAGCUGCUGGGAGGCCCAAGAGAAUAACCAGAAUGGCCCUCCCCCUAUCUCCUGUUCAGGUUGUGCAACUGGGCAAUGAAACCUCUCUUCUCUUACAAACCUGGGCCAGAAGCCAUUUUGGAAAUGAUUUAUUAUUUACUUAUUUAAUAUAGUAAUGAUUUCCGAAGACUCCUUCCUGGCAUUCAACAGUGUAGGAAGACAAGGUUGGCUAGUCUUGAAGUCAUGCUAAGAAGGAAGGAGGCAACAAGGACGUAUCUGUCUUGCGCUAUCUCAAUCUGGUAAUCUCCCCCAGCAACUGAGCAGCAGGGGGAAAUAGCUGAGCAAGAUAACUAAAUAGAAAACCCUGCUAGCCAGAGUUGUCUCUUGUCCUAUCAACAUGACUAUCAAUAUAUCUAUGUGCAGAUAUAGGUGGCAGUAUCAAUAUGGCAAGUCCUUCAACUUUUCAUUGAGCGUCAGGAGUCUUCAAGAUUCUCGGAAGCAACAUCAGAUUCUCAGCGGACCAAUCUCAGAUUGUGAGGUGCAGAUGAAUAAACAUCAGCAGUCUGUUUGAUAUGUGACUAUUCCUAUUUUAACCUCAGAAUUCAGUGUUUAUAAAUGAAAAAUAACCAAUAGUGGAAUUAGAACUUCUACCAUGGCACUGAGGGCUAUUUCUCCAGAUUCACACAAAAAACACAAAACCGUCUUUUUAUCAGCAGGAAUAGCCACAUCUUUGCAUAGCAGUAAGCUGGAGUGUAUACCUUUCACACAUCCCAUGCUGGUCCUGUAUAAAUCCAAAAUUAGAUUCCAUCUCCUGAAAGCCUUUUAGCAUAUUUGUUUUUUUCCCUCCCCUGCAAGCCUUCCACAGUCCAGCAUCCAUUGCAACUAAAUUAGGCCUUUUUCCUCUCAGCAUGACCUAAAUGGAUCUACUUUAGGUGAAUCCUAGGUAGUUAAACGUUUGCUCGGUUCUAAUAAAAUAGCAGCAUCCAUGCCAAAUUACUAGUGGUCUGUCCCAAAUAAGAUUAGCAGUUCAUUAUCCAUGAGGUCACAGCUACAGUCACAGUACUACACAAAUGGCAUAGAAGCAAUACUUUCACCCAGAGCCCUAGAACUAAACAGCAUGAUACCUUAAUUUGUACUAUUAGUGGUUAUAGUGGCACGUGGAUAUUACAAGGUGGGGAGCUCACAUGGCAUCUGUCAGACAUAUAAAUACUAGAAUUUAAUGCUGGCAUGGUCUCCUUUAUUUCCUCCUCCCCCUUAUCAUUAACUCAGUCCCUUACUAUUAUCUGAAGGUGGAGGUGGCAGCUUUAUUUACACAAUCUAACGUUUUUCAAGCGGUAAGCAUUCGACCAGAAACAGUGCUACAAAUCAAUACCGAUGAAAAUAAAGGGUGAUCUUGUCAGCAGGCAGGCUUUCUAUUGUGAAAAUUAUAGCUAUCUCCAGCUGAGAAGGUACUAAAUGCAGCCAUCCAUACUACCUGCAACAGAAAGGCUGGCUUCUCCACUGGCGAUUAAUACCAUGUUCAGCUCUCACCUGGUCACAGCGCAAGUCCUUCCUUGCUACCCCAAGAUUCACGGCCAGACCUCCUCUGACAGUGGAGUUUAUUCACUCCAUUUGGAAGGCUCCCUUUUCUGCAGGGAUGAGGGAGCCUUUGUCACACCCCAAGGGCCAUAUUUCCUUCUGGGCCACUUUCCAAAGGCCACAUUCGAGAAGUGGGCGGGGCCAGAGGCAAAAGUGGGUGGAGCAAUGAACAUAGAUUUUGCUUUUGUGUGGUAGGCUAGUCUCUGCACAAACAUUUCCCUCUCUAUCCUCCAUCCAGCAGUUGUCCGAGUUCAAUGACCCCUUCCAGCCAGGCAAAAGCCAGUGCUUUUUUCCGGCCAGAGCACAGUUUAGCGCAGUUCCAGCACUUCUUGGGUGGGUGCCAUUGUGGGCUGGCACGCCCCCCACCUACUUCUUGCCUUUACGUACUUCUGAGAAGCCCCAAACCAACAUUCCAAGUCAAAAUGGAAGCUGACUCCACCUAGCUCCUAGACACUCCUAAACACGAUUGGUCAAGCUAUGGGGUGGGGCCAAUUCAAUUUCCCUUUUCUCAAAUCCAUCUCCCAUGUUGUGGCAGCAGGUUUUAAACUUUUCAGCCAGGCCUGUACUUUUGCACACACAUGUGUUUGUGCGAAGGCCCUUCCAAGCUGCCCUAGCCAUCCACCUGAAUCUAAGUGAAGGAGAGAAGCAGGGCGCAUUUAUUUGACCUGCACCAUAACCAGGGGUACCCCCAAACCAGCUAGGGAUGCAGCUUGCUGUAAUUUUUAGCUCCACAGGCAGUGAAUAUGACUGUUGUCAAGCAGGCAUCUGUUCAGGGCUGUUCCAAAUCGCCCAGCAACUUACUGUAACAACUUCAUGGUGACUUCUGUCAGACUGAAUUUGGUGGCAGGUAAGAUUGUGGUGGGUGACGCUGUGCUCUAAACCACUGAGCCUUGGGCUUGCCGAUCGGAAGGUUGGCGGUUCGAAUCCCCGCGACGGUGUGAGCUCCCAUUGCUCGGUCCCUGCUUCUGCCAACCUAGCAGUUCGAAAUCACGUCAAAGUGCAAGUAGAUAAAUAGGUACCGCUCUGGUGGGAAGGUAAACGGCGUUCCGUGUGCUGCUCUGGUUCGCCAGAAGUGGCUUAGUCAUGCUGGCCACAUGACCCGGAAGCUGUACACCGGCUCCCUCGGCCAAUAAAGCGAGAUGAGCACCGCAACCCCAGAGUUGGUCACAACUGGACCUAAUGGUCAGGGGUCCCUUUAACUUUACCUUAACAUUGUAUUUGGCCCAAGCACAGUGGGAAGUCCCAUUGAGAGAAGUGCUUUACCUGUUGCAUAGGUACACUUAGAGGGAUUGCUGUGAUCGCAAGCCCUGUGUCCACCCAGCAAGUCUCUAUUCAUAUUGCAGAACUCCCAUUUUAUGUUAUCAUCAUCACUUACUGUAUUGCUUCGCACAUAACAUGAAACCAUGGUUUAUUAAGCUAUAUUAAACAAUGUUUUAGCGUUAUGUGUGAACCCAGUCAGCCCAGCAGCUUAACUAUGGCUUAAGAGAUCCUUCUUAACCAUUGUUAAGAGGUCAUCACCACACAAAAGCUACAAAGCCAACAGUGGCAAAACAUUCAAACCACUCUCAAGGAUCAGCUGCUCUUGCUGGUGCUUUUAACUAUUCUGUGACAUGAUAAACCAAGGUUUAAGUGAUCAUCUGCCAGACACCUCAGCUUUAAGUGUGGUUUAUUAACUAUAGUUAACAUUAAUUGUUAAUAUUAACCAUGGUUUAGCAGCGUGUGUAAAUCUGGCUAAAGUGUAAGUCCUGGAUCUCUUAAAAUGGUCAGUCUCCAUUACAUACUUCAUCCCUCAUUGUUCCUCUGGGCUAAAAUGUUAUAUUGAAGCCCAUUUUUGUUGCUGUGGAUGCCUGCAAUUCUGUCCUAUAAGAUUCUGAGCCCUUCCUUUUUUCUGUAUCUUGGCUUCUAGCCAUUAAAAACAAAACUGGUGGGGGAUGAAGUGCUGACGGAGAGGGAGCUGCCAUGUUAAAUUGCCCAUCUCUCUCCUUUCCUCUGGGAAAGUGGAACCUUGACCCAUGCCACUUUCAGUCAAUCACAGUCCGAGAGAGUCUUGAAAAUUGUUUUGCAACAGUGAUUGCUUCCACCCAAAUAUAUGCCAAAUGCAAAAUCCAAGAGGAUUGUUGCUUGCUUUUCUUUUCUUUUUUAAGCAGCUGUCUAAUAAAGGGCAAAUGCGUGUGCAACAGCCUUACUAGUAACUCAAAUGUGACACAAAUAAUGCAGCAAAUAAUUACAGUGACCUUUAGCUCACCUCAGAUUUAAACAAAGGUUAAGCUGCCCUUUAGUAAAGCAAAUAUUUUCUGUAGUCCAAUAACAGCAUACACCUGUAGGAAGGAACCAUGAUCUAUUGCCACUAAACUGAAAAUGGGUGUGAUCUGUCUGCUAAUUUCCAAAGGCUAAAGAAUUCAGGCAGCUCAGAGUAGAUAGCAGUCAGAUCUUCUGGCAUCACUUAUGAUUAACUUACCUUGCCACGGGCUUGUCCAUAUUUUUUUCAGAGAACUGUCACUUGACAUCUCUGUCCAGGUGCAGCGGCAGAAGACAGGCAAGGCAAACCACAAAAAUAAGAAAACUGCAUCAUCUUGUUCCUUGAUAAAGCAUGUAAACAAUUUAUAUUUUCAUCCUUUGGGUUUGAAUGAAUGCCUGUACUUUAAGUAAUUAGGCCUCAGAUACUGAGUCUUGAAAAAUAAACUCGCAGGAGAGUUCAAGACAUUGCCCAGGAAAUGGCUGAUAGGUUUUAUUUAGUUUCUCAUGCUCCAAGGUUUAGCAGUUGACCAGAUAAGGGCCAGGUGUGCUUUGCACAUUUAAUUUGUUUAGUCUGCAGCUAAUUCAAGCAGCACUUUUAACUCUAAAACUGGGGCUGUCUUCUACAAUCAAGUGCUUAUAACUACCCCCCUCCCCAUUUAGCUGCAUAUUUUAUCACAGAAUGGAACCUAUGCUAUCUAUUUAUGUUGGGUUUGUUUGCAUACAAUUUGCAAAUCCUUCUGAGGAAUUCUUGCUGUAGAUUACAUCUCCCUGGUGUGCUUUUAAGUAAUGAGCAGAUGUUACAGUAUUUUAGUGUGAUCCCUGAUUUUCUGGACAUCAGCUGCUUGCUUUUCUGCUCCUAUUUAAAAAAAAACAUGCAAAGAAACAACUCCUGUCAGUAUUCACCUUUGAAAUGCCCACUUUUCAAACCAGCCAACCACAUUUCUCAUUAACCUGGAGCUUCCACCUUUGUAUGGAUGGAGACUUUGGUCGCUUCCAAGCUGUCACUAUUUUUGGCUGGGAUUUAAUCACAUACCAGUAAAUUCAGGUUCUGCAAUUAUAGUUGUUUGGGAGGUCUUCUGCAAUGAAACUGUUUCCCCCAAAGAUCAAGGCAUUUUGCAAUAAGGAAGGUAAUGGGAAAAGGCACUGGUAAGUGUGGGAUAGCACUGGCUUUGACACAACAUUAUCUUACCUCCCCACAAACAGGUCAGAAUGAACCUUUGCUAGAUAGCCAGUGACAGCUGAUCUCCCUGAAAACAAAUCAGGAUGAACACUCAGGAUGAACAGGUCAUCUUGAAGCAUCUGCCAUGCUUCAAGAUGACCCCUUUAUUGAGCAUCCAAUUGAGCAUCUCCAUCCCUAGGCCAGGGAUGAAGAAUCUGUGACCCUCCAGAUGUUGUUGGACUCCUCCGCCUCUCAUCCUUGAUCAUUGGCUCUGCUGGCUGGGGCCGCUGGGAGUUGAAGCCCAACAACAUCUCAAGAGCCAUAGGUUCCUUACUGGUGAUCUAGGCCAGGCAUAGGCAAACCCAGCCCUCCAGAUGUUUUGAGACUACAAUUCCCAUCAUCCCUGACCACUGGUCCUGUAGUCCCAAAACAUCUGGAGGUCCGAGUUUGCCUAUACCUGAUCUAGGCUCUAGUAACAUUCAGCCUUGAUUACUGCAUAAUGUUCUACAGGCUGUUGCCUGUGGAAACAUAAGCUGAUCCAGAAUACGGCAGACUGGUGAUGUUUCAUGAGUAAGCAAAGAUCUUCCCAGGUUUCCAUGUUUUUCUGGUUUUAGUCUAUAAUGCUGUAAACAGUCUGAGGUCUGGGUAUGUGAAACAUCAAUUUCUCCCAUAUGAAUCUACCGGUUAACUGAGAUCCCUUUCUACUUUUUGCACAUCCUUGGCUUCACAAGGUGGCUACUUAUGCGAGAUCAACUCUCUCCUGAGGCACAUUGAUCUGACGCAUUCUUUCUUAUAUUUCAGAUGCUAGGCAAAUCCAUCUUGUUGCCCAAACUUCUCAUGACUGCUUUUAUUUGUAUUUUUACUGCUAUUUUUCUAUUUCUGGUUAAUUUUUGUUCAGUUUAUUCCUUCCAGUCACCUGCUGAAUAGUUAUGGUAAAAAAAUAUAUUAAAAUGUAUAAAGAUUUAGCAAGCAACUAAAUAACAGCUGCUUGGCAGGCAGAAAUCAGCAGGUGAUUUUUUUCCCCCCAGCAUAGAGAUGAGGAAAGCUUCACCUACUGAUAUCUGCCUGCCAUUCAAACAUGAACUGUAUAUAUUCCAAUAAACAUUUGAGAGACUCACUGCAGGUAAUAUUCAUAAUAUUUCUGCAGUCAUGGAUGAUACAUCCUGUAAUAGCUCAGCAGACAUAAUAUUAGUCAUUAUCGCUGUGCUAUUGACUAAUGCUGCUAUCAAAUUCCAAUCAAUAAUUCCAAUCAAAUCAGCAAAUGUCAUUUCUGUCUUUAACUGUACAUUGGUUUUUACAUGUAGUAAUCAUGAGCGCAUGUUCCUGUCUAUCACGGGUGCUAUAAAAAUCUAGUCAAUGAAUUUACACCCUGUUACUUAUUCAUGAAUGAGUUGUGCCCCUGAAUUUUAACAGGCUACGCCUUAAACUAUUAGCUGUAUAUCUGCUUUAUGUGAUGUUCCUACAUAAGCUGGCAGUCCAUCAAUUCAGUGUCCAUACAUUUCUCUGAAAGCUAUAUUAUAAUUAGAGCUUAGGUUAAUACUAUUCAGUAACCAUAAAACAGACAUAAAAUAAUUAUAACUCAUUUAGUGAAAUUAGAAAAAGAGCAAUUAUUAGACUCCCAUUGUGAGCCUUUGCUGUGAGGGACAGAUAAUCUAUCUGCAAGAUGUACUUUAAGAACAUCAUUUUGGAAGAAAUAAAAUGUGAUGAAAUACUGUUUUGUUUGUGUUUUAAAGAAAGCUUAAACUAAUAAAUACAAGCUGAGCAGUCUCGAGGAAUGGAUGUUCCACUGAAGGAAGAGAUUCUGCAGAUUUACAACCUGUCUUUAUAAUACUACCUCAGAAACUGGGAUUAGUCUAGAAGAUUGCUUUGGAAAACUUUGUGCAUGAGUCCUCUUUUCAUCGGUUCACACAACAGGCUUCUCCUAUAAUAGCUUUCCAGCACAGAUAUUACUCCAUACUGCAGUCAGUUCUGCCUUUCUUACCAAGACCCUUAUCCAUCUGAUCAAGUUAUUUUUAGUCAUGUGGUCACAGCCAAGUAUUUUGACAUAUGCUGACAUAUGCUCAUAAUGGAGUCCCAUUAUGUCACAUUAUAGGGUUGGACCAUCAUACAGCAACAACAUAGAGCUUUGGACACAAGAGGAAGUCUGGCUUGUGUCAGUCCUAGGAACUGGAAAUCUUCAGGGAAGGGAAGACAACCACAAUUUACACACCCACUUAAUCUGGAAGACUGCCCAAGCAAAGGACAAAGAUGGCGGUCUCUCAUUUCAUGUACACAAGCAGGCUAGUUUCGCAGUUGAAUCUAACUUCAGUACUGGGAACAUGAUAGAGUCCUUUGGCAUACUUGAGGGCAGCAGGCUGGUUUAGAGGGUGCAGCGCAGGCUUUGUGGACUCAUUUACCUCUGUUCUCCAACAAAGAGGGAUGGCCAAAGGAGGUCAGAGGAACAACCAGGGGAAUUAUACUGCUGCAGUCCCAUCAUUCCUAAUUUGUGCAGAGUCUUGGGCCCCUUUAGGUACAAGAAUCUUGAGUUAUCCAAAUGUGACUUGUACAGGAUACUCCACUAGCUAUUGCAAAUCAAGCCACAACAGCUACAGGAAGGGUGGGAUUGUGAAGUUAGCACACACACACACACACACACAGAGAGAGAGAGAGAGAGAGAGAGUUUGCUAAGAGUUUUAAAACAACAGGGCAUCUUCCUGAGUAAAUGUGUUUAUUUUCAUGGCAUAAAAUCUGCUCAGAGAAGUUCCACCUUUCCUACCGCCAUGUAAAUUAUGCUGCUUGUUGAAGAGGUGGAAACCGACUGUGGAAAGGGCAUAUUUUGAUUGCGGGGGGCGGGAUGUCUGGCUUCCUCAUUAAUCUGGAUGUUAAAGUGACUGGUUACAUUCACUGUUUCCUCUUAAACACAAACAAAAAGACAAGUUCAGAGAACUAUUGCCUCUGACAGUUAUGAAAGCCUGAAUGAAUGAUAUCCUCCAGAGAGUAUUUUUCUGUCACUUAAGCAGUUUACAUAUUUUUUCUAUAUUUUUUCAAAAAACAUUAUUUUGAUUUGUGCAAUCACCAGGGAUCAGAAUGUGCAUUUAAGGUCACUCAGGCUAUGUCCAACUCCAGACAGAUUCUGCUAGAGUCAGGUUUUUAUGAUGACAGCAUGAAAUUUUUGGAAUACACUUGUGACUUCUGUGGCCAUUGUUAGCUUGUCAUCAUCAUCAUUAUUUUUUAAGGAGGCAAAAAUAUCCCUUUAUUUUCUCCCAAUGUAGAUAAUAUGUAUUGUUGAAUAUUGUAGAUUUUUCUUUAUGAAUAUUGCAGAUUAGUAGGUUUCCUUUAUGCUUCAGGAAACAUUAUAUAGCUAUGAAUGAAAAAUAUUUUUGUUUACUUAUGCAGGAGCUCCUUUUUUAAAAAAAAAAAACACCACCAAAUCAUUGGAAAGUGACAGAAAUGACAGGGCAAAACAAACAAUAAAUCACAAAUCUGACUUGCUUUGCCUCUUUACUUUUCAGUGUUUCAGUGUGAUCCUCAAGAUAUACUUUGGCAUGGAGGGAAUGCACCAGUGAGCUACGAGUUCACAGCACUGCACUUCGUUGCUUCUGAUUGUCUAGUUAAGCUCUACAAAAUAUAUACAGCAGGAAAUGUGGAACCUAUGGACCUCCAGAACUUGCUGGACUAUAGCUCCAUCCUUCCACUGGCCCUGCUGCCUGGGUCUGUAGUCUAACAACAUCUAGAGGACCACAGGUUCCUCAUCCUGGAUAUAGAAACAGGGAUGGGGAAGCUGUGGCCCUCUAGAUGUUGUUUGACUAUAACUCCAAUUCACCCCUAAACACUGGCCAGGCUGACAGAAGGUAGGUGGGAGUUAAAGACCAGCACAGGUCACAGGUUCUGUUGUUGUUGUUUAGUCGUUUAGUCGUGUCCGACUCUCUGUGACCCCAUGGACCAGAGCACGCCAGGCACUCCUGUCUUCCACUGCCUCCCACAGUUUGGUCAAACUCAUGUUUGUAGCUUCGAGAACACUCUCCAACCAUCUCAUCCACUGUUGUCCCCUUCUUCUUGUGCCCUCAAUCUUUCCCAACAUCAGGGUCUUUUCCAGGGAGUCUUCUCUUCUCAUGAGGUGGCCAAAGUAUUGGAGCCUCAGCUUCAUAAUCUGUCCUUCCAGUGAGCACUCAGGGCUGAUUUCCUUAAGAAUGGAGAGGUUUGAUCUUCUUGCAGUCCAUGGGACUCUCAAGAGUCUCCUCCAGCACCAUAAUUCAAAAGCAUCAAUUCUUCGGCGAUCAGCCUUCUUUAUGAUCCAGCUUUCACUUCCAUACAUCACUACUGGGAAAACCAUGGCUUUAACUAUACGGACCUUUGUUGGCAAGGUGAUGUCUCUGCUUUUUAAGAUGCUGUCUAGGUUUGCCAUCGCCUUUCUCCCAAGGAGCAGGCAUCUUUUAAUUUCGUGACUGCUGUCACCAUCUGCAGUGAUCAUGGAGCCCAAGAAAGUAAAAUCUCUCACUGCCUCCAUUUCUUCCCCUUCUAUUUGCCAGGAGGUGAUGGACCCAGUGGCCAUGAUCUUCGUUUUUUUGAUGUCGAGCUUCAGACCAUAUUUUGCGCGCUCCUCUUUCACCCUCAUUAAAAGGUUCUUUAAUUCCUCCUCACUUUCUGCCAUCAAGGUUGUGUCAUCUGCAUAUCUGAGGUUGUUGAUAUUUCUUCCGGCGAUCUUAAUUCUGGCUUAGGAUUCAUCCAGCCCAGCCUUUCGCAUGAUGAAUUCUGCAUAUAAGUUAAAUAAGCAGGGAGACAAUAUACAGCCUAGCCGUACUCCUUUCCCAAUUUUGAACCAAUCAGUUGUUCCAUAUCCAGUUCUAACUAUAGCUUCUUAUCCCACAUAGAGAUUUCUCAGGAGACAGAUGAGGUGAUCAGGCACUCCUAUUUCUUUAAGAGGUUCUCCUACCUGUCAAAAAGUUCCAUCUAACUUUUUCCAAACCCAUGGAGUUGCUAUGUAUUGUAAUGUUUUCAGGUAUAAACUAAUGCAAAAAGACAUUUGUUUUUAUAUAACUUCCUUGUCAUAAAAUUCUCCCCUCUUCCCCCAUCUCUCUCUCACACACUCUUUGCUAACAGCACCUUCUGAGAGAGGGUGAAAUAUGGCCCUCUGCACCUUCAUAUAUAUAUAUUUAGUAAAGUCAGCAAACUAUAGGAUCUUCAGAGCAUGAGGUAUCAGAGCAUCAGCAGGAAAACCUAGGGAUGGGUAGAUUAUGGGCUUUAUGGAUUUCCUUGCUUUUGUUGACUUUGGGAGACCUUUUGGUAUUAUUGUAACAUUCUUCCUAGGAUUCAAUAUCCUGUACAUUUUAAUGGCAGAAGGGAAAGCUAAGAUAAACAUGUCAAAUUUAAACAUAAUUCUUCCAUGGGAAAAUCUCACAUGUGAUCCAGACAUCAAGGUUCACUUUUUGUGAGGAUAAAGAGAUUUUCUUGUUUCCUUCAGCUCUCUGGAGCUUGCUGCUGCUACGAGACUGAACACCAAUGGCAAUUCACACCCCUCCAAGCUUGUGCAGCAUGUCAUUGACACAAUGGCGCAUUAGUGAUGGAUAUAUACUGGGCUGUCCACACAACAUUCUGCUUUAUUAGUUGUGCUGUGAUGAUUCCCCAACGUUACCACAUUAUUGCCAUCUGGAGGAAUGCUGUUGUGCUACAGUGAUAGAGGAACAAUGAAACCAGAACAUUUGUGGUAUGAAAAGUUACAGUAUUUCAGCAGAAAACUACAGCUUAUUCAUUAGUUCUUAUUAACAUUAUUAUUGUUAUUUUAAUGUAUUACCUGUCCUUCACCCUAAAAUCUCAGGGUGGGUAUCAACAUUUAAAACACAAUGUUAAAAACCUACUGCUGGCAUUUGGGUCCCAGAAGGUUCCGAGACAGGAAUGCAGCUCCCAAGUUUUAAAACCUUCUCUACCCCAGUUUUGUCAAUUUUUUGUGUCUGACACACCAAAUGUGAUGGGCUGGCUCUGCUCUCAAUUACGUAUUUUUCGCUCUAUAAGACGCACCAGACCACAAGACACACCUAGUUUUUGGAGGAGGAAAAAAAAUAUUCUGAAUCUCAGAAGCCAGAACAGCAAGAGGGAUCGCUGCGCAGUGAAAGCAGCAAUCCCUCUUGCUGUUUUGGCUUCUGGGAUAGCUGCGCAGCCUGCUCCAUAAGACACACACACAUUUCCCCUUACUUUUUAGGAGGGAAAAAGUGAGUCUUAUAGAGCAACAAAUACGGUACAUAUCAGAAUAAGAAAAAUAAAAACCUAUUUCAUUGUGCGUGUGCGUGAAUGUUUUGUAGACUAUGGAAAAUCAUGCCCAUUGGAGACGUGAUACCUGAAGUUAUUCAUUUAAUAGGCAGGUUCCAAUUAUAUACUGGGGUGGUAGGCCAGUCCCACCAAGCCUCCCUCCUGACAGAGCAAUUGCUGCCCCUUACCUGGAUGGUACAGCACUGGGGGAAGGCUGUGGUGAGUUUGGGGCUUCUGGGGUACACUGGGAGAAGCCAGCAUGCCAGCACCGACCCAACCUUGUGUCCUAUGUACCAUCCAGGAAAACAGGAGCAACACCACUGUCAGGAGAGCAUCUCCAUGGGAUUGCCCUGCUGCCCCAGUUGCUAGUCUAAUAAACGUUUCCUUUUCCUUCCAAAGACCUGAAGCCAUGCACCUUAUUCAAACUUCGGUGAUUGAUCUCCAGCCUUCUGCUUUUAUUCAACUGGAGCUAUUGUUUGAACUAGAUGGCCUGUCCCUUUUAAAAAAAUCACCCUAUAGUAUAUAAACCUGUGAUUGAAAAUACCCUGUAUCAGUCUAACAUCAGCAGUAACAUCUAGACCAUGGGAGCAUUUCAGCCCUGUUCUUGAGUUUGUUUAAAAUCUAAAACAGCUUAUCUUGUGAAUUUGUGCCAUUUAGGUUUUUUAAACCUUUUUGUAAAGGCAAUACUAGAGUUUUCACAGCCGACUCCUCGACUCCUUAUUACUGUGCUUGGCUUUCUUUAAGUUGGGCUGUGUCUAAAACUUGCCUUUUAGGUUUUCAAACCUUUUUUGUAAACUCACUUUUAGAAACUGUACCUUUGAGUCCUCAAUCCUUUAUUACUGCGCUUUGCUUCACCUAGGUCGAGCUAGGAUUAUAAUACUUCAGAAUUUUUGGGAGUUUUACCCCCUUUCUUUGAAUUUGGUCAUUUAAGAUUUAUGAUUUCUCUAUUUCCUUCUGAGGAAACUGAAUAGUUCAGUGAAACGAGGUUUGUAGCCGGCAUCCUGUUAAGGCUUUGUUCAAUUCUAGGUUUUUCAAAAAAAAUUCCUUAAACUUUUUGAUUUUUGUUAUUUAGUUUCAUUCUAUAAGAUAAUAUUUCUAGUCUAUUACUUCUCGUUUCAGGGAUUUUCACAGUAUUUCAUUUGCUUUGUGUGAUUUCUCGGUUCCGUAACUGUCUUUUUGCUACUGGCUUCCCCACACAUAGGAAAUGGUCUCCUGGGAUUACAUAUAGUUUGGUUCUUAACUAAUGUGUACAAGAAAUAGGAAUAGUUUAAAGUAUGACAAAGUCAGAAACUUCUCUGUACUUGUUGGUGGGAGGAAUGAACUGGUUAGAAUCCCAAGCAUAUAUUUUCUAUUAUAGCACAAUGACUUUCCUCCUAAUAUUGUUCAGGUCUGAUCCUGACCAACCGUUAUUAUUUCUAGAAGGCUACAUUGAGAAGGGAGUGAGGGCUGUGGUGCCUGAAAUGGUCUAAUGGCAAUUUCUAUUGCCGCUGCCUCCUCUUCCUCAACGCCAUUUUUCAUGUUGGCAGUUGGGGGCCCAGUUAACAAUUCUUAAGAUGCCAGAUUUGAUACCUAGUAUGGCUGUGUGAAGGGACACGGGUGGCGCUGUGGGUUAAACCACAGAGUCUAGGACUUGCCGAUCAGAAAGUCGGUGGUUCGAAUCCCCACAACAGGGUGAGCUCCCGUUGCUCGAUCCCUACUCCUGCGAACCUAGCAGUUCGAAAGCACAUCAAAGUGCAAGUAGAUAAAUAGGUACCACUCCGGCGGGAAGGUAAAUGGUGUUUCCGUGCACUGCUCUGGUUCACCAGAAGUGGCUUAGUCAUGCUGGCCACAUGACCCGGAAGCUGUACACCAGCUCCCUCGGCCAAUAAAGCAAGAUGAGUGCCGCAGCCCCAGAGUCGGUCAUGACUGGACCUAAUGAUCAGGGGUCCCUUUACCUUUACCUUAUGGCUGUGUGAUUAAACAGAAAGAGCAGCACUUGUUAUCAAAAUGCAGUUUUAAACUUUCCCCGUUCAGAGGUAAGAACCUUUUUAAUACUUUCAUGAUGAGGACAUAAUCUUGCAUAAUGGAUCCAAUGAAACAAAAAGAACACAAUGAUGUCUCGUUUACAAUCUAUGAAUCACACAGUAAUUUCUUCAUGAAGAUUUUAUAAGAACUUGACACAUUUUAGGUCUCUCUCCACUGAGGUGCAUAAAGCAAGCAUGUUGUGAAUACCACUUUAAUACAAAACAAUCAUCAACCAAGGAGAAAGAGAGAGCAUUCCACAUUGAAUAAUUAUGUAUAUUUACAAUUCAUUUUAAUCACCUUGACCAUUCAAUUACAGUGUAUUUAUUUGGUCCUCACCACAUAUUUACAAAGGAGUUACACAGCGAAACUGAAAAACAGGACCACAUUAGCCAACUAAUGAGUUAAGCUUCAGAGAGGGAAAUUGAGAAUAAAAAUCAAGGUCAAUGUGUCCAAACCCAAAUAUAAAAACUAUUGAGCUAUUUACUAUUGUACAAAACUGAAAGUUAAGCUACAAUGAAAGUUGAAGGUGUCUUCUGCCUAUCUCUCUCUCUCUCUCUAUCUCAUGCUCAAUAAAUCAUCCCUAACUUUUCACCAAAAUUAAUUUAUUAUGUUUUGCAUAAACCAAGGCUCAUGUUAAUGUCAUAUGAUGAGUCGAUCUGCAAUGUCAGACACAUAUUAAUCGGCUUAUUAGAGACUGUUAGGAUUGUCCAUUGACUUCAAAUUUAUUCACACUUUUCCUUCAUUUUAUUUCGACGACUUGGUCCAAUCUAUAUCAUGCCUUACCUUUUGGCUGUUAACAUUGAUAGCAUCUCUUUUAUUGGACUCCUGAUGAUGCCUACUGAUGUUUUAUGCAUAAUGAUGCUCAAAUUUAAUUGAGCUGUAAGCUUCAGUUUAAUUAUGAAGCUUCAUGAUACCUUCAGCACUUUUUCUUCUCUGAUUACUGUAACUGUUUUGCCAUAACCCCUUUAAAAUCUUUCAUCUAUUAAAGCAUGAGUAGACAAGCCAUUUUUAGGAGAAACUCUAAUUAGACUAUUGCAAUUAUCUUAAUGUAUCUUCAGCAUUUUAAGAAAAACCUUCAUGAAAUGCACCUUGUGGAAUAUGAAAAACAUUCACAUUUAAUUGUCUAAAUCGUAUGCAUGCACCGUGCGAGACACUACUAGGGAAGAUCUGUAUAAAAGCGGCAGAUUCCUUGAACUUUUCUGCUAAUUAGAGUACUUUUUAAAUAUUUGCUGUUUUCUUACAUGCGUUUUCCUGUAUACAAUAAAGCAGGGAUAGGAACCUCUGGUCCUCCAGAUGUUGUUGGACUCCAAGUCCCAUCAGCACUAGGUAACAUAGCCAGUGGCCAGGGAUGAUGGGAGUUGUAGUCCAACGGCUGGAGGACCACAGGACCGCCAUGCAUGCAAUAAAGGGUGACUUUAGUGGCUCCAUCUUCUCCAUCCUGGUCUUCGUUACUCUGCCAAUUCCCCCCUUUUUACAUUUUCAUUACAUUACUUUGCUCCUUCUCAAGUAUGAACUUUAGUAAUAAGAAGAAAACAACCCUGUUUGCUGGUCUGAAUGACAAUAAUAGACUAUGGUGAGUCAUCAUUACAUGUGAUAUUCAAAACACUCCUUACUGUGAAGUCCUAGGACUGGUUAUAAAGGUCCAAAAAGUAGAACUGAUGCCUAUUUAUCAGCUCUAGGGAAGAACUGUUGCCUGACACAGGUGCAUACAUCAUCCUAAUCAAACACAGGUGCUUUUGCUUUUAAAUGUGAGGUGUAUGAAUGAACUUACAGCACCCAGAAAAUAGAGGGUGCCGCCAUUUGUUUCACUGAAGCUAAAGCUGACUUGAUUAUUAACUAUGCCCUCAAGAUGGCGGGUGGGGGACGCAUUCAACAAAACAUUUAAAGGGGUUUAGGACAUAUUCCUAGACAGCAUCUUUAAAAGUAGAGACAUCACUUUGCCAACAAAGGUCCGUAUAGUAAAAGCUAUGGUUUUCCCAGUAGUGAUGUAUGGAAGUGAAAGCUGGACCAUAAAGAAGGCUGGUCGCCAAAGAAUUGAUGCUUUUGAAUUAUGGUGCUGGAGGAGACUCUUAAGAGUCCCAUGGACUGCAAGAAGAUCAAACCUAUCCAUUCUUAAGGAAAUCAGCCCUGAGUGCUCACUGGAAGGACAGAUCAUGAAGCUGAGGCUCCAAUACUUUGGCCACCUCAUGAGAAGAGAAGACUCCCUGGAAAAGACCCUGAUGCUGGGAAAGAUGGAGGGCACAAAAAGAAGGUGACGACAGAGGACGAGAUGGCUGGACAGUGUUCUCGAAGCUACCAGCAUGAGUUUGACAGUGGAAGACAGGAGUGCCUGGUGUGCUCUGGUCCAUGGGGUCACGAAGAGUCGGACAUGACUAAACGACUAAACAACAACAACAGGACAUAUUCAAACUAUUUAGAUAUACUCAAGGGUCAAAUCAGAACCCCGGAUUUUGUAUGCUUUUUUCUGAUCCUUCCAUCAGAUCCAUCCCCCGCGGUUCCAUGUCAAAAUUCUGCAAGUUAGACGUCCACAGCAGUUUUGCCACAUUACGAGUCUCUAAAUGGGGAGAUGACUCUUUUCUCCCCUCAGCUCACACUAGAGUAAUACCAAGGUGUGUGAUGAUGUUUUCCAAGAGCGCAUUUGGAGGGGACCGCCUGCUGCAGCAAAACUAUCUUCGGACCAAGCAAAGAGUCAUCAGCGGUAAGUGGGUGACAUGUGAGCGCAGCGGUCGGUCUUGCCAAAACCGUUUGCAGCUGCCUUCUCCAUCCCCACUGAAACGAAAGGUGUUCCCUGGGACCUACUUCAGAGAUGGAUUGCUAUGCAAAGCUCUGCUUUCUUUGUAAUAUAUGCAGAUUAGCUCGGCUCGGUUAGCAUCACCCCCACAUUCACUCCUGUUCGUUUGUGCCAAUCUCAUCUGUGAGAGUAAGCAGUUUUGAUGCCACAAUAUGCCAGCUUCUGCAGCUGCUUUCUGUUUUUUGCAAACCCAUUCGGCUCUAUGGAAAAACUUUUGCUGUUGCUGCCGCCGCCAUUGUACACAGUAAGAUAGGAUUCCCUCAUCCCCAGCAUUGCAUACCAAUAGCCCGGUCAGCUUUGCUUUGAGCCUAGCAUCAUAUUCUAUUAGCAUCAUUCUCUAUGGUCACAGACAAGCUCGUUCUUCAUACUCACGUUACAGCUUUACAACUAAGAUGUGUGGAGAAUCGCAUAACUAUAACUUUCCACUUCUCACCUGUAUCUGUUGGAUUGACUACAAUGCAUAAUUGUUCAUUGAAGCAAUUCUCAUUUCCGCAGCUCAGGAAAGUAAAAGCUGGGGCACUGGAAAGAAUGACAAAGUAAAUGUGAUCAUUGCACCAUAUCAAAAGUGAUGCUUUGAGAGCAGGUGUUGCAGUACACCACAGCUGUUCUGAAACCUUUCCCUGCUUUCUUGACAUUUCCAAAUUAUCACCUCCAAAGUGGAGUCAAAUUGUGAGAACAUACCUAAGACAUUUGCCCAUCUAUGGCUAAGUAGUAGAGCAUCUUCAGAUACUUGUGCAGAACAUGGGAACCAGUGUGGUGCAGUGGUUAGGACCAGGACCUGGAAGACCAAGGUUAAAUCCCCACUUAGCCAUGAAGCUCACUGGGUGACCACGGGCCAGUCACAGUCUCUUAACCUAACCUAUACCACUGGGUCAAAGUAUUGGAGCCUCAGCUUCACGAUCUGUCCCUCCAAUACUUUGGCCACCUCAUGAGAAGAGAAGACUCCCUGGAAAAGACCCUGAUGUUGGGAAAGAUGGAGGGCACAAGGAGAAGGGGACGACAGAGGACGAGAUGGUUGGAUAGUGUUCUUGAAGCUACCAGCAUGAGUUUGACUAAACUGCAGGAGGCAGUGGAAGACAGGAGUGCCUGGCGUGCUCUGGUCCAUGGGGUCACGAAGAGUUGGACACGACUAAACGACUAAACAACAACAAAUACCACUGGGUGGUUGUGGGGAAUAAAUGAGAAAGAAGAGAACCACUUUGAACUCCUUGGAGGGGAAUUAUUAUUAUUUAUAUACCACUUCAUCUGAAGAUCACAGGGCAGUUUACAACAUAAAAACACACCCAAAGAGGUAUAAAUGCAAUAAAUAAAUAAAAUAAAAUGAUCCUAUGCAAGGAAGUCUCGCUUUGUUUUAUGAGACCUACUCCAGGAAACGUGUGCAUAGGAUGGCAACCUUACAGUCUAUUCAGAAGAAAGUCCCAUUAAAUUAAAUGGGCCUCCUUCCAAGUCAGUUUUAUUAGGAUUGCAACCCUAGUCAUCUUCAUCAAUGGGGAAACUGCACCAAGAGUUUAUUAAAUUAGCUUAGCAAAAAUAAUAUAUAAGGCUUGUAGUAGCUCAAUGUCUAGGAGGAGGAUUAUAAGAUCUGAUUCCUGGUGGUGGUGCAAUUAUUAUAAAGGAUUGCUUGGGCAUGUGAUAUCAAGCAGUUGAAUUUUGGCAAUGUGCGCUAACGUGAUUGCGGGUGUCAUCUGUGUAUUCUUGUUUUUUCCUGUGAUUCUAGGUUGGCUUCCAACUAUACGGUCUCUUGGGAAUCCCUAAAUGAAUUGCUUCGCAUGACUAGGCAGCUCAGUCACCCUCAAACAUCAGCAGCUGGAUAGACGAGCUCAAUAUUUUAGGUGCUUGAGAGAAAUAGAUGCUUUUUAUUAAAACAAACCCUAUUUUUUUGUUACACUCCACCCCCAUAUAAAGCACUUUGUAGUUCCAUUGAUGUCAGUGAAAGAGUAAAGAAUCUCCUUAAAUCUAUCCUAUAGAACUCAUUUGGGGGAAAGUGCUUAAUUAGGGUUGGAUUUUGCCUUUCACUUAAAAAAAAAAUUUGCUUUGAAACUGUCAAUAUUUCCUCCUUCUGCAGUGUUCUCCUCCCUGUGUCAACAUGUUAUCUAUUGAUUUAGAUUGGAGUAGCCAACAUAGUGCCCUGAAGAUGUCAGUAGAUUCCAGCUCCCAUCAGCCCCAGCCAGCAUUGCCAAAGGGAUGGUGGGGGUUGUAGUCUAACAACAUCUGAAAGGCACCAAAUUAAAUGCCCCUGAAUGAUACUGAUAUAUAGCGCUUGCACACAAGGGCAGAACUGUAGCCUGUUAGGUAACCAGCCUUUACCUUUUCUGCAUGAUGAUGGAGAACAGAAGGGUGGGUGCUGACCAAAUUUGAACUAUAGCGCCUUCUCAGGCUGGCUGUGCAAAGGCGUGUGACAUGUGGCUGCACUCAAACUUCUGUAUUGCCUGCCUCUCACUUGAGCCAGCUGCAGGCCUGCAUUCCACACCCCUGGAUUCUGCAUGUGCCACAACUCACGGAAGUCAGUGCUGUCUCUACCAGCCAGUCUUUACAUGCAGCUGAAUCCCAUCAUUUCACUGGAAUAUAUCAUUUCAGACUGCAAAGGCUAGGGUGAUUGUAGACUGCUCUGCCACAAAUAACAGCAAACAACACCCAAAACAAAACAGAUCUUCCUACAAACAGACAAUUAGCAUGCCAGCUAGCUUCAUUCUGGUCUAACCUUUCUCACAUGCUAGCUUUCUGUAUGGAGGGACAAACACACAUACCGUAUAUGACAAGGUAGGUGGAGAUUACUCAGACGCAAGAGUCCCUUACCUCUGCUUUGAAGCUGCAGAGUCCAAGAACAGUUGCAGCACUCGAUGAAUGUCCACAUCUGCUCUGAGUUCAAAAGUUUAUGAGUGUUGCUGUUUCUAAGUCCAAUCUGAUACAGAUCUGAAGAAAGCCUUACUCACCUAAGCUUUUGCAUUGGUAUAGCCUUCUUGUUACUUUAAAAUGACUUGCCACACUGCCUAACAGGUUAUUGCAAAUCACAUUCUGCAAUUAAACUGGCGCUUCUCUCUUCAUUUCUCAGUUGGAGUUACCUGGUGGUAAAUUGAGGUAGCAGGGAUAUCUGGCAGUUGACGCUCUCUUUUUAAAAGCAUAAAUACCUUGUGCUGAAACACAAAUUGGGGUAAUCUCACCGGGAAAUCGUUAAAGUGUCAUUAUCAUCCCCAUGCUCAGCACCAUAAUCCAGCUGAUGUACCGGUUGUUAAAAAGUUUUCACUUUAUUUAACUCUUGGCAACAGGAAUAAGUGAGAUGCUGCAGUAUGUUGUGUGUUGUUUUUUCUGGGUGUGAAAUGCAGUCUGGCAAACCCCUUCAGCCCACCUGUUCUCAUACAUGUGCUCCAGCUUCCUUUUUCUAAAUGGUCUGUUUACGAUGAAAAGUGGUGUGUUGUAAUCUGUUUGUUUGCAGGAUGUAAUGGUUCUUGAUAUGAAUAGUCAUUACAUGGAAGAAAGCAGAUUUGCUGGUUUAACAGGAUUUUAAGAUGCAGCAUGAUAUUAAGCAGAUGUGUUAAAGAGACAGAAAAGGCUCCGAGGACAGAGUAAAUUAAUCCCAUCCCAAGGAAGGGAUUGUAGGUUUUUCCUCAUACCUACACCAUCUGCCUGAAAAGCCAACAGAAGGAUUUCUUUUUUCUUUUUUUGAAAGUUGAGGGAUACAGGUUAAUUAAAGAAACCGAGCUUGUGAAAUAUACUACUGAACCUAAUCCACACAGCGGUCCAUAAAUGGCCAGGUGUUCUGGGUAAUAUACAUAGUGAGAUAUUAUAUACACAAAUGUCUAUAUAAGACAUUAUUAUUAUUAUUAUUAUUAUUAUUAUUAUUAUUGGCAUAGCUAAAUGACAGGUUUGGUUGUGCUAUGUUGGACUGGUAGUCUCAAGAACUCAGAGCAAGCAGGAUGUGUUGUUACAGAGGUGAGUUUAGCAACAAAAUAGGCUCCUGUGCUUCAAACAGCUGUGGAAGAGAAAGACAGAUACAUUCAGCUGGUGCAGCUAUUAUUGGAAUGGAGCUGUAGUGAUAGGAGACAUUUUUCAUCAUUGUGCUUCUCUUGAAAACACAGAAACAUUGGGAAAGCAAGUAGUAGCUCUGUGGUCUGGUUUGUACAUCAUGCCCCGGUAAACCAUAGUUUAAUGGGACAGCACAAACAUUCAUGCUCCCAGAAAGAAUCUCAUUGCCACUAUGCUGCACCCAGGUCUCUUUUGUUGCUGUGUCAUGCUGAGCUAAGCCAAGAUUUGUCAUAGCAUGUCAUCUGAAUUUGGGCUCAUGGUUAAGCUCUCUGCAGACUAACAAGGCGCUGUUUCUCACUAGUGGCAAACUCACAGGCAGGAUAUGAGGAUAAUUGUCCUUUCUUGAUGUUCUCUCCCAUCUGUUCCAAGGAAAUGCUGUCUCUGAUCAUGGAAACAACACAGAGCCAUCAAGACCCACAGCCACUGAUAGCUUUAUUCUCCAUGAAAGCAUCUAAUCUCCUUUUGAACCUUCGAGGUUGGUGGUCAUCAUCACUUCAUGGCAUAGUAAAUUCCAUAGUUUAACUAUGCCUUGUGUGAAGAACUGCUUCCUCUCAUAUAUCUUCACCUUUGUUGGGUGGCUCCUGAUUCUACUACUAUUUUAUUUAUUUUAUAUCCUGCUUUUCUCCCAGGGCAGGACCCAAGGAGGUUCACCGCAUAAAUUAGAAGAGAUACAACUGAAAAUACACACAAAGAUAGAAGAGGUAAAAAAACAAUCAAAUAAGAGAAUCUAUCCAUUUUCUUCACAUCGUGCAUCCUGUCCCCACUUUCACAACCCUACCCUCAACUAUUUAUUCUGUGAGCAAUAUUCAUGACUGUCAUAAACACAACAUUUUCUUUCUCAAAUAGCUCCUUCAACCCCCAUUCCCAUCCUUUUCCUAGGCUCAACUCCCUAUCUGCAUACAAAAAUUGAAACUUGAAUCAGGAUCAGUCACCUGGGAGCUCACAGGCAGUAUCAGACCAAUAACAUGACUUCCUCUCUUUUUCACCUACCCACCUCCAACCUAUUCCAAUCAUCUGCUGCUUAAGAUGAAGGGAAGAGGAAACUAAAACUAUUUCCUCUCCUGGGCAGCUAAUUGGUGUGAUAGCAUAUUAUGUAUCAGAGCAAGCAUUCUUCCCGGCAUCAGAAUUUGGUAGAUUGGGAUGGGCGAGUUGGGAUGUCAUGUCUUGAGCAGCAAUUUGAAUGCGGUUCUUUUAUCCACCAAGGCAGUCAUAUGUCGGAACAAUCAGCAUCACUCUUAGCAGGCUCAGUGAAAUAGUGAAUAAGCUGGCAAAGCAGUAGGUAGUGCAACAUAAGAAGAGUCCUAUUACAUCAAGCCAAAGACCCAUCUAGGCCAACAUUCUGUUCUCAAAGUGGCCAACCAAAUGCCUUUGAUAGCCUUAUCCUCCAUGAUAAGUAAAGCUGGCAUUAAAUGUCCCAAUCAGCAAAACAUGUCAACAGUGAAUAGCAACAAUGAAGGUAAAUAUCUAUAGACACAUGAUCUAGAAGCAACCCAAAAUGUGCCCUAGGUAACAGGAUGUGGUACAAGUCUGCUUUAGGUUACCUUGACUAUGCACUAACCAUGGCACAAUAUUCCAGUUUUCCACAUGAUCUAACACUACCAAUUAUCUGGUCUUGUUUAAAUUAAAGGCACCACAUGAGUCUUCUUUGUGAAUUUUAAAGGUGCAAAUGUCUAAACUUUUACUCAGUCUUUUACUGAUCAAGACAAAAUCAUGAUGAGCUCAGAAAACAGUACAUGGAUUUCUCAUUAGCUAGCGAGCACGAGUAAAUAAAAGGUUGUUUGUUUUAAUGCAGCAGGAGAAGGAAAGACCUCUUUCCUGAAAGUUGUCUCCUUCAAGAAGGAAACAAAAAAUAUAUUUCACUGAAAAUCUGCUCUUCCCAUGAUUAUAAACUUUCUAAAUAUUUCCCAUUGAAGAUUAAUAAACUUCUUUCAAAAGUUAUAUCUAAUUUAUGUGGCUUUAAGGGUCAUGCUUUAAUAACAAUGAUGAAACACGAUUAUUACUUCCUAAUGCUGAAAUUACAAUUUUUUACAUUGUAAUUUUUUCCCCGCUAUGCACCCUGUGGCACUAGCAUCUUUAUCAUUCCAUGUGUUUCUAGUUUUAAAACCUUUACCCCCUACUGUUUGAAAAAUACUUCUCAUUUUCAUCCCCUAUGGAGUACAGAAAUCCCUAAAGGCAAACCAUUAGUGAUCUCUCUGCCUUUCCCCAAACACUUAUUAUGAUCACCAGUGUUGCCUUCCACUGCCUCAUUGGCUUUUGGUAAAGUAUGCAAAUGAGAUGUUCAAAAUACACACUUUUUGCAACUGUGCAAGUUCAUACUGAUUUAUAAAAUGGGCAGGCUAUUAAAGUGACUGAAAAUGUCAGCAAGAUUUAUGCAUGGGUGACAAAUUGUAUUGGAAAUGUUCCUUUCUAACAGUCUGCUCUGGGUUUUUCUCUCCUCUUUGAAACAAUUCAAAUAUUCUGCACGAUGCCCCCCUCUUCCAUUUCAAAACAUAGUUUUGACAGUGCUUUUCUGAAAAAAAUAAAAUAAACAAAGCUAGCCCCAAGUCAUAUCAAUGCAAUAUUAGAAUGUAAAACAGACACUGUUCCCCCUAUGUUUAAUGUUCUCAAAAGUUCUGUGAAGUUAGUUCACACAAGUUAGCAUCUCCCCAAAUAAUGUGCUGAGGGGUUAAUUCCGUUUUACAAGCAGAUUAAUUCUGUCUUUACAAGUAAAAUACCUGAACAUCACUUAGGUUAAAAAUGUAAAAUUUGUUGCCCCCUGUCUCAAAGUACUAAUUGUUAGAGAACAGCUGAGGAGAAAUUGACUUUAAUACAACCAUAAUAUAAACCCAUGGGGUCCAAGGAAGCUAAAAAUCAAAAGAAAUAAAUAUAGAUGGAGAAUGCACAUAUCCACACUAUCUGUUUUCAAGGAGAAGCAGCAUCUGACUCUGUCCUCUAAUAGAUUAGUCUCUGCCUUUGAUUUUUCACCUUCAAUGAGCAAGUCCAUUAUUUACAAAAUUUUAGAAGUUUAAAAUGGCACGGCUUGUGAUCUGGCAAACUAAGGGUACAUGUUCCAAUGCUGGCAGGGAAAGCACCCUGUCAGGGAAAGGAUGCCUACAAGGCAGCUUGAGGGCCAACAAUGGCUUUUAGUUGAUGGCUCAUGGCUAGAAUGUGUACACCAAUGAAUCCACUUCUUUUCCGUAUUGUUGCUUCUGUAAACGAAGACAAAGCUGGUCAAGCUUCCUCGCUGUAAAUCAAAAGAGACAAAAAGUUCAAUCUACAUUAGAUCUAGUUAUGCGUCUGCAUGCAGAGGGUGAUAAAUUGGAAGGUGUGUAGAUUAAAAGAGGGUCAUGUGGGCCUACAUAUUUUACAUGGUGCAGAAUGCGAUGCCCGGUCUCCGGAUGGGGGCACCUGACCAACAACAUUUAACACCACUGUUAAGGCAUCUUCACUGACUGCCCAUCUACUACAGAGCCAGAUUCAAGGUCCUUCUAUUAAGUUACAAAGACCUGAACAACUUAGGUCCAGGGUACCUUAGGGAAGGCCUGAACCCUUAUAUCCCAGCUCAGUCACUGAGAUCAUCUGCAUGAGUGUCACUGGUCAUUUCCUGAGUUGGCACGGCCCAUUUGACAGUAACAAGAAAAUGAGCCUUUUGUGUCGUCUACCCAAUCUUGUGGAACACUUUGCCAAUAGAGAUUCAGCAGGCAUCUUCUGUUUCAGCUUUUAAAUGCCUGCUGAAAACUUCUUUUAUUGCAUUAGGCUUAUGCAGGCAAUUAUGAAUACAUUUUUCUGGAAUAGAUAUCCAAUUUCUGAUUUGUUUUUUAAAAUGAUUUUAUUGCAUGGAAAAAAUGCUCUGCUUUUUUUUAUGAAUUAGCAGUGCAUAAAUAUUUUUUAUAGAUAAAUACAUUUCAUGAGGGUUAAAUGUCAUAGAAUCCAACAGCCUUUCCAUAUUUAUCAGUAUUAUCUACAGCCACAAAUUUUGGGACGCGGGUGGUGCUGUGGGUUAAACCACAGAGCCUGAUCAGAAGGUCGGCGGUUCGAAUCCCCACAACAGGGUGAGCUCCCGUUGUUUGGUCCCUGCUCCUGCCAACCUAGCAGUUCGAAAGCACGUCAAAGUGCAAGUAGAUAAAUAGGUACCGCUCUGGCGGGAAGGUAAACGGCAUUUCCGUGCACUGCUCUGGUUCGCCAGAAGCAGCUUAGUCAUGCUGGCCACAUGACCUGGAAGCUGUAUGCUGGCUCCCUCGGCCAAUAAAGCGAGAUGAGCGCUGCAACCCCAGUCGGUCACGACUGGACCUAAUGGUCAGGGGUCCCUUUACCUUUACCUUACAAAUUCUGUGCCCAGUGCCAUCACCAAUGUGAUCUAAACAGCAUGUAUCUUCCUUAUAUUGGACCAUUCUAGCUGAUUCAUGAGGUUCCAGUGUGUAUCACUCUAAACCUAAGUAAAUAUCCAGAGAACAUGUCAGUUUAUAAAAUUAAAUAACCUUGAAUGGAUAAGCCUGAGCCUGAGAAUUUAAUUGGAGGGGCAGUGUUGUUCCUACUCCCCAAUGGCUUACUAGCAGGUAAGCAGAGGAUUCAAUCCUUCUGGGUGCUGCUUCCCCAGCACACUGCCUGUGGAGAACAUACGAGUGAAAGAGACCCCUGCAGCCUUCCUGCCUGAUAUCCCACCCCUGACAGCCUUGGAUCUUUCUGGGUGGCUCAACCAGAUUGAGGUAUCCAGGGCUGUCUUGAUCUAACUUAGCCAAAGCCCAGAUCCCCAUGAAUCAUAUAAUCAAAGAAGAGUCAGGAGGUACUCUCAGGGGUCAUCUAGUCCAAUGAAAGUUUGGGGUUUGGCUGAAUCUGGUACUCAGCCCUUGUAAGCCUCAGCCUGGAACAUUUGGGAAUUUGCAAUUGAAUUUCAUCUCCGCUUGACUCUACUUUUGAAACAACACUGGUGGAGGUUAAUUCCCCUCUUGCAGUUAGUGGAGAUGAAGCUUGUGCCCACUGGCCAUGCUGCAUGCCCUCCAACAUGAAAGUACUGGCAUCCUAUUCCAUACCCUACAGCAUUUCUCUGAUGAAAACAGGGACAUCCUGAUGCUGCGGAUUUCCACACAUUUGGCUGCUUUCAUUAAAAGAACACCAUGUACAUAAAUUUUCCAAGUGUUAGGGAGCUCGUGGGCAUUCAUCUUCAAGGGUAAGCAAACAAACACACACACCCCAGCAAGGAGGUCUAGGGUCAUGCAUGAUCCUGGGAUAAGGUAAAAGAUGAGGAAUUGGGUUUGACUUGUACCAGUCUCCAAAUGUAAAGGAUUUCUCAGGUUACAUUCUACACACUCUGUGCUUCUUGUGGCAGAGGAUCGGGUGCCGUGUUUUUCUUGAGUUACAGAAACAUGUACAGAUCAGGCUAUGCAUGAUGCUUAUCAAGUCACAUUGUGACUCCUUUGUGGUGUGUAGAUACUUAGUAAGCUGUUUCUCUCCAUCACAGAUUCUCUUCCAAUGGCCCGCACACCCAAAUUAGGAAUGUUGUAAAAGUUAUUAUAUAAUCUUCUGGACGGAAAACUUCAGUACUAGAAAGCUAAUUCUACUUUUUAUAUUCAGAUCAGUCAGUACCCAGUACUAUUACUGCUCUGAUUUUGCUAAUUAGUUCAUUAAGUUGCAUAAUAAUUGGUUUACUGCCACCCACCCCUUUAUGAAGCUAGAAUUGUGGAAAUAAAAUUGAUUUAGGGCCUUAUUCUGAUCCAUUAUGCUUACUCUCUCAUAUAUCCUGGUGUUUGCUCUAUGUUUAUUCCCUACUCUGCUUUUGCCUGGUCUGAAAUUUGCAGAGUAUACUAAGUGUUUCUUCCCCCCUCCCCCCUUAUAUUUUAAACUUAAAAUGCAUGGACAUACUUGGGUUUAUAUAGGUUGUUUAAAGAUGUGGAUUUUAUACAAAACACAGAAGCACUGUUAUGGAGGGAAACAUCUGCUUCUCACCUUAGGAGGUAAAGAUGAAACUCAAAGAGUGUAAGAUAUGUUAAGUGGGCCUUGUUUUUCAACUCCAACCUAAAUGAUGCUGCACACUGUUGGUCCAAAGGAAGCAAAUAUAGACAGUGGUGUGACAUGAGUGGACAGAGGUGGCAAAUGUUGAGGCCAACGGGCUAUUUCACUGAUAUAUCUUCAUUGUACUGGGCUGCUUCUGUCAUGUUAAAGAAACCACAAGGAAGCAAAACUGGGCAGAGCUUUCGCAAUGCAGCACUCCACAGUAUAGCACUGUGUUAAUACCCUUGCAGAAAUUAUCUAUCUUAUAAAGGAGGAGUUGCCCACAUGGCUCCAAUGGACACUGCGUUAACCUGCCAGCACAUCUUAUAGUCCCUACAAAUGGUCUCAGUAAAUAUCCCCUCAAAAAAUCCACCGUGCACAAGAGGCCAUUUACUCUCCCUGCCCUGUCUGAGCCUGAUUAAACAUAAGCACAUCUCAUUGGAUCUCCCAAUUGGACAUCCACAUGCCAGUCCAUUUUGAACAGAGGAGAGAUGCAAAUAGCUACGCUCUGUGAUCAAGUGAAGUAGUGGCUGAUCUAAAUGGUUGCCCUCCAUGCCAACUGAUGGUAGCAAACCUAUACUAUUUUGUGGCUCUAGACCAGGGGUCGGCAAGGUUUACCUCGCCUGGGCCAGUUCACUCCAGCGGAGAUCCCUCCAUGGGCUGGAUCGUGCGUGCGCCCACGAUUUCUGGCUUCUACGUCUGUGCAGAUGCAAUUUCCAGCAUCUGCGUCUGCGCAGACACUAUUUCUGGUACCGCAGAAGCGAGUCUCCGUGUCGCGCUGGUUUAGCGCAGUGUGAGGGGACUCGCCGAGCAGGCUGCUUGGUUCGGGGGUAGCUCGUGGGCCGGUUAAAUGACCCCUGUGGGCCACUUGUGGCCCAUGGGCCUUAGGUUGCCUACCCCUGCUCUAAACCUUUUUCUGCUCUAUUGAAUAUGGUGGCCAUUUUGUGCAAUACCAUGCCCCAUGUCAGCCAUUUUGUGUGAUGCCCUGCCUCCACAGCAACCAUUUUGUGACCGGCACCAAUGUACUUUCUCAAAAUUCCAAGGUGACCCCUUCUACAAAGCAACCAUAACAAGCCAAGAGGUGAGUCCCAUGAAAUGUAAUGUCAGCAAAAGUUUCAAUCAUCCAGACAAAGUAAACAUUUCAAAUGAGUCCAUGUAAUUCCCUAAAGAAAAAAUCUAUAGUACACAAACACUGGCACACUCUCUAAUGAAAACCCGAUAAAAUUAUUAGUAAGGAGCCCCAUCUGCAAAAUGUUAUGAGGGAUAAAAUGUGCUUUGAGUGCUUUGAUAGAUGUUUAUAGAACUAUGAAUGGGGAAGCAGCGUGUGAUAAAAACAAGUUAAAAUAAUGUUUUCUGAGGAUGGGCUCUUGUAAACUAGCCCCUCGUCUUUUAUCCCCUUCCUUGCACAUGAUCGUUGAUCCCUCUUCUCCAUUUGUCUCUGAGUUCAGAAACUAGUGGAAGAAUGUAAUUUGUGAACCAGUGGUGAACUGCCGCUAGAUGGAUACACUAUGCUGCAGUUUCUGUGAUUGCAGAAGCAUUUAUUGGAAGUCUAAAAACACAUAAUUCUGACUGAUGAAUAAAGGGUUGUUCUAAGAACAUAACCAUCCCAGCCCCUGGGGGUUUAAGUGGAAACAGCUAAGUAAUGAAAGCAGCGGGUAAACUCAGUAACAUCUGGUAUGAGAGAAAAGACCUUAAGUUUGCUGACUUUUCCCCCCCUUCCAGAGUCAAGUGGAGUUCCUCCUCUUUUGCUAGGUUAAAGCAUCCAAACAAUUUGCUGAAUGCUUUUCGGUGUUUGGCUAUGGUAGGACUUGGGUAAAAAGGGAGGGGGGGACAGCACAGAGCCACAUAUCCUAAGAAAACUGAAGAAGUGCAGGCAAAAGCUUUGAAUAAUAAUAACCAGUAUUAAAUCUAGAGUGACAGCUUGAAUUAGGGUAGUACCCUACGGUGUCCCUCACAAGGGAUGGGUUUUUGAUCCAGCAGAAGCUUCCAUCUGUGGAACAGAAAGGAAAUCGGUUCCCACCAAUUCCCUCUUUCCUGCUACAGCUCCCUGCACACACCCCAAGUCUGCUCAAGAGAAUCAGGGGGCCCUUUGAAACAACAUAGGAGGUGAUGCAAGGGGAUCCCUGUUUUCCUGGUGGAAGUCUCUGCUGGAUCAAAGAGCUUUCUCUGAACAUGAGGGACAUCACUGGGAUGUAGGAAAGCAUCAUUUUCCAUUCUGUCCUGCAUUAGUAACACACAGCAGUGUUUCUGUUUUGCUGCAGUUCAACCUCUUCCCCCGAAACUAAUUUAUUUGUCUCACUGCCACGGUGUCAACACAAUGUAACUUGCUUAAUUUAUGUAAUUAAUUGUGUAAGUUGCAUUGUCGUUUACGUUACCCCAUCCCAGUCAUUUCAGUGCAAAGGAAACUCAUUGCAGUUAACGGGGAAACGUCACCAUUUGCAGACUGGAAAUACCAACACCUGUGGGUAUCAGGAGGGAUGGCUAGGGGAUGGCGGCAUGAAGAGGACACAACAGCCAUGUACCCUUAGAUUCCAGCAUAUACACACCACUAAAUGGAGUGCUCUUUGCCCAAAUCCUGCCUGCAGGUUUCCCACAGACAUCUGGUUGGCCACUGUGAGAACUAGAUAGGCUGAUCUAGCAGGCUCUUCUUGUGUUCCUAUGUUCAUAAAUAUUAAAGAAAAAGAAAAAAGUUCUUGUGGCAACCAGCAUCAGCCCUUGUAUGAGGCUGUUCACACCAGAUGCUGAUGCCACAUCUAUUUUCCACUGUCUUCCAUCACCUGCGACUGCUGCCUCUUCUAGCAGUUAUUUGGGGAAAAACAGGUUGUGGCACAACAGAGUCGAGUCUCAAAGUCUGACUCUAACUGAGCCACCACACUGAACUCUUCCUCUUAGCUUUUCCUACUGCUUAAUUUGUGUGCGCUUGGUGCUACUAAACUUGCAUUCUGCACACACCCACACACACCCCGCUUAAAUAGAUCUUUUGAAAGCUGUCAUAAAACCUAUAUUCAUGAUAGGUGUGAGAUCUUUUGGGUGGCUAAGCUUCAUGCAUUUCCCACCCCCACUUUGGGCAAAGUGCGCUAAUUAAACAAAACAAAACACAUAAAUAAGACUAAUUACACUAUAUUGAUAUCCCAGUGAAAUCUUUAUUUUUAGAAUGAUUGAAAUAUCACACAGAUAUAGGGCUGUCAUAAAAGUAUAGAUUUGAAAAUCCUUGACUUGAAUCUGUCUAUGAACACACACACAAACAUUUUCACAAGUGCAUCACAAAAUAAAAAGUGCAUAAUUAAUAUCACUUUGUCUAUAGACUGCUAUGUUCACACUACCAACUUGUCAAUACAUGUAACAAUGUAGUGCAAAUUGAUAAUGCAAAAUUACAGAAGCCAAUUCCCUUAAAGCUCUCUAAUGCUAUUUUUAAUGGUUUCUUGUAAGCAUCUAAAGUCCUUCUAUCCAAAUGAUGUUUGCCAAUGUAUCUUUUUGCUAAAUUACAGGAUGUCAGACAUGCUUCAUGAGCAGUUUUCAGGGUCAAGUAACAUUUAUAUUCUGGUGAAGCAGAUAUAAGUGUUACUCUGACAUUACUGGAUAUAACAGGCUCUGUUCUAGCUGAGAGGAAUUGGGGGUUGUUUUUAUCACUUUUGAAUGCUCAGAAGAUAUUUAUGCCAAGCAGACCCGAAGACCAAUAUGACAGAGUGGGCAGAAUGUGGUGCUUAAGUCGGGGUGGACAAAAAUGGCUGUUUUGAAAACAAAACAUCAUAUUGUAAUGUUUCUGUAUGUAUGAAAUUUGCUUAGUUGCUAAUUUGUUUUAAAGGGUUAUAAGCAGUCUUUUAGGGUAAUUACCCUGAAUCGACACCAACUGGUAAGUCCUACUUCUACCCAGUGCUAUUUUCCUAGAAAAGAACUUGCCUGGUUGCAAGCAGGAACUGUCAGUCACAAGAGUAUAUCCUUCUUUUCUUCCUCUCGUUUACUGCCAUUUUCCUUUUAUGAAAAGCUUGGAGAGAGAAAUGUAACCAUGUUUUAUAGACAGUAUUACAUUAUCUGUCUCUGUCUUCAUCCUCUGAAUCUCUGAGGUGCACCCAACGUUUUUGGAGCAUCUUGAUUCACUUUGAGUCACUUCAUAGAGAGCUUUCUUCACUUUGCCCAAAGCCUGAAUUGCUCCAAAUUCACUUUGGUUCUGGAUUUGGGCAUUGCUCCUUGGGCAGGUACCAAGAGGUUCUGAAGUGGUCACUGCAAGGUCUGCAAGUUCUCUUUCGCUUUGUCAAAAUUUAUCCAAGGAGGCAACUUUAUGUUGGUCACAGCAUGUGAUAUUGGUUCAGCGCUCUGUCUGUCUAUCAUAUAUUUUGGAAUAGAAGCAACACGAAACCAAUCUCCAGCAAACAUUUAACCAUUAGACAUGGAUACACACACAAUUCUUAAUUAAAUAUUUGCCAAGUGGAAAUGCAAUGCUUAGUGAUUUCUUCAGCUACUGAAAAAUGACCUUCCCCUUCCCCACACAACAUACUUACUUAUCUUAGCACCAUUUAAAUAUAAAAUAGAAGAUGGGAUGGGGGGGAAGAAAAGCUGUCUUGAUUGCAUUAACUGAAUCAGUAAUAUUGGGAAGAGCUUAAAAAUAAAUAUAUACCUCACAGUAACAUUAUAUUUAUUGCGCUUAAUUUAACAAAUUAUUGCAGGAACAACAUCGACAGCAUUUCCCCUGUAAAAUUAUUAUACUUAAAUGAACUUUUGACAAUGUAUUAAUUACAAGGACAUGACCACAUUUAUUCUGCUGAUCCAGUAAUUACAUGCAUUAAAGAAAUAUUUAUCAACAGGCUAUGUUCACACUUUUAUCCCAACGCAAUGAAAAUAAAUCAUGGCUAAGGCUGCAAUUCAAAAUACGCUUACCAUUGAGUAAGGCUCACUCCUAAACACAUUCAGACUUAAUUCUGAGUAAACAGUUGUAGGAUCAGGCUGCACAUUCCAUUGAAAAGAAUGGAAUGGGAGUAAUCAUGACUAGCUAAGAUUCCAUAAAUUUCAGAUUCAGCAAAGCUUAGUCACAGCUAAGCUUCGCUGAAAUGUGACCUCAGUGUUCUUUCAUAAUUGGGCUUAACAAUUUUGAACUAAACCAUACAAGAAGUGCAAGAAGAUCACUGAUAAUGAAAUGCUCUGUCUCAUGGUCAUGUAUGCGGUGUGCAAAAUGCAUAUAGCUAUGCAAAUUCACUGUGCCACUUUUUUAUUUGCAGAUUUUAUUGCUUUAAUGUCUUUCAGUCAUUCACCAUUGUAUAAAUAAAGAAGCACAAAAACCCAUCUCAAGCCAGCCUUCCAUGUUCCCCAAGAACUAACCAAAAUGAAUAGUUAUAGUAGUAAAGAAAUGAAAAAGAGCCACUUAGGGGCAACCUAGUACUAAUGGAAACAAAAUGACAAACAUGCCAAAUAAAGGCUCACCCACACUUUUGCUUGUCCCACCAGUUUCCCCCAAGAAAACCCAUUCUCUACUGCUCAAUUGGAGCAAAUGUCCAUUGGGUUUUCUUUGGAUUGAUAUGCGCUCUUAUUUAGCAGUAAAGAGUGUGUUUACCUGGGGUAAAAGGUAAAGGACCCUGGAUGGUUAAGUCCAGUCUAAUUUGACUAUGGGGUGUAGUGCUUAUCUCUGCUUUUCAGGCUGAGGGAGCUGGCAUUUUUCCACAGACAGCUUUGCCGGGUAAUGUUUAAAGUACUGGGGCAAAUGGAAAACAUCUCGCACCCAUGCUUUCUAGGCUUGAGCAAAGUGAAGUGCGGAUGAGCCCUAAAAGUGCAAAUAAUGGAGUUUUUUCUCAAUACAGAAUCAUGCAUGCUCAUCCUCAACAUGCUGCUUUCGAUCUAGGUUAAUUCUAUAGCCUGCCAUCGAGAAGGGUGAGUGUGAUUACUUGAUCUGCAUUGGAAAGCCCUUCCCUUGAUUACGCUAUCUCUGCCUCCUCCGCCCUGCACCUGCCCUAUGUGAAUGGAGAAGGAAGUGGUCUUUGUGGUCUUUGUAUACAUCCACCCAGAACAUUAUUGGGCAGAUGGGAGGUGGUGGGAGGGUGGACCUAUCAUUCUCAGUGCUGCUCUCCCUGGUCAGGGGAGGGCGUUAGAAUGCCACAAGAGGGUUUUAGAGUUUGAAGGGAACUGAACUCCGUUUCAGUGUUGUUGCUCUUGGGUGGAGUUCCAAACCAGUUCCGCAGAAAAACCCAAUGACUUUGGACUGAUGAAAAAGCAGCUUCUUUGCCAUGCUUUUAUAUCAAAACUGGAAUAAUCCAUCAUGACUGGAUGAGCAGGCAUUGCUCAAUGUGUAUGAAGGAGAGAGAAAAAAUAUAUUUUAACAGGGCCUAUUGAACAAUGCCACUAUUACUACUGUUCCUUUGUUUGUGAUGUUUGCUGCAAAAGGAGUUUUUGGAAAUCAAAUAGUAAAGGAUGCAAGGUAAGAUUGAAAUCGAAUGUUACUGAAAGUUAUGCAAAUGUGGGAAAUUACAAUCCUAUUUGAAUAUCAUGUCGUGUGUCUACUUAGAUGUGCAUUUUCUCCUAUGUUUAAGUUAAACAAAACAUGAAAUGACUGUGUAGUAUGACAUCUCAUUAGUAUGUUUCCAUUCACAUCUGUGCCUUUAGUAUAAAAAAAUAGGCAGCUCUAGUGAUAAGAGAUUAGGUCCUUUAAUUAGAAACAAAUGACAAAUCACUGUUAACCCCAUGCAAUGCUUUCUAAAACUUCCAUCAAAAAUUCCUCUUAAAACAUUAUUAAACACAAGUUCACCAAAUCUACUUCCUAGAAAGUGCCAUUUAACAAAACUCAGGCAGGAUGUUAAUACUGGGGGCGAAUUACAGGUUGCCAAUGCAUUUCCUACAAGGGGAUUGACAGGGGAUCAUUUUGUUAUGGGGCCACCUCCAGCGUGUUGUGACAACCAGUCAUUACACCUCUGAGCGCAGCACUCAGCUGUAGGUUUCUACAGGAUGCAAAUAGCUCCAAAUGGGUUCAAUUUAGAGAAGGCAGAUAAUGUAUCAUUCACUUCUUUAAGGUAGAAGCUUUUAAUUUUCAAAGGAGGGAAAAAAAUAAGGAGUGGAGUACAUUUCAGUUUCUGGAGGAGGGAAAAGAGAUCAACUUAACAAAGCACGCCACAGAAAUGGGCGCACAAUUUUUAAAAAGCGCAUUGGGGAAAUAAAAAGCUUAACUUGCCAGUUAAGCACACAGUUAAGCAUACAUUGGGCCUGAUGCAACCAAAGUUAGUCACACUUCAUUCCUUGGAGAUCAAUAGGACUUAAAUUAUUUCGGACUAACUUGUCCUGAUUACCUCAAUGGGACUUAGCUGCAUGAUUAAUUUUCAUUGGAUUGCACCAAUGGAGGAAGCUGGCAAACAUCCACCAUAGGCUUGGUGUCUUGAAUGGUUCUUAUGCUUGCAUAAGCAGGGAUAGGACAGCUAUCCAGUGCUGCAAUCAUCUGAUGUAUAUUGAGAAUCUUAUUAACCAGCACAUAAACCAUGCAGCGUCACCCAUUUACCCUUUUAUUUGGACUCUAAAGGACGUAAAAUACCUAUAUGAAUAGCAGAGAGGUGGCAGGUUUGCAAAAGACCUUAUGGCUCCUUGAUCUCCACUUUUGGCAAGAGAGGGGAUGGAAUCCAGACCCUGAAAUUGCAUGGAAUCAUCUCUCUUCAUUCAACCCCCACCCCAAAGACACUGGGACAUGGGUGAGUCUCCUUGCUAUUCUAGGCAGUGGUCUGUCCGAUUCCUUGUGUGUGUUUUAGUUAUUCAUUUUAUUUCAUAAAAUGUAUACACCACUUGACUGUGUGUUCCUUAUAUUAAAUAUUAAAGAAAAAGAAAAAAGGUGUUGUGGCAACCAGCAUCAGCCCUUGCAUGAGGCUGUUCAUGCCAGAUGCUAAUGCUACGUCACUUUUCCACUGUCCUCCAUCACCUCCCGCUUCUAGCAUCACUGUCCUCCAUCACCUGCCACCUCCAUCUUCUAGCAGUCAUUUGGGGAACAACAGCUUGUGGCACUACAGAUUUGAGCCUAUUAUUUAUUAUUAUUAUUAAUAAUAAUAAUAAUAAUAAUAAUUAUCCAGGUGUACAUCACUUUAUGCUUGCAAACACUGAAUUGCAUUUGCUAUGUUCCUGCCCAUUUAUCCAGUUUAGACAUAUCCUUUCGGAGCUCUUUGCAGUCCUGUUUUGUUUUAGUCAUUUUAAGUAAUUUGUAUCUUCAGCAAACGUAGCUACUUCUCUGCUCUAGAUAAGGAACAGGGAACUUAUGGCCCUCCAUAAGGAGCUAGACCACAAUUCCCAUCAUUCCUGACCAUUGACCAUAUUGGUUGGGGCUCAUGGGAGUUGGUGUUCAAUAUAUCUGGAGGCCCACAGGUUCCCACUUCUCCUCUAAGUCAUUAAAGAACAAAGUUAUAAGAAAAGGAUCCACCAAGUUGACUCUAGUUUCUUGGCCAUGUGUAACAUUGUCCAUUGGGGCAAUGCUUGAAAAUUUAUGUUUCUGCUGCAUCUUUGAAUUAUGAAAGGAGCAACUGUCUAGAACCUGACAGGCUGCAUUACAUGGCUGGUGGUGUACAUUCAUUAUGGCUUGUUAUAAUAUUGCUGGCAUUCAAAGAUCGCCAUUGCACGCUCAACUCCAAUGGAGAUGAUUCAUGCAGUUCCACUGGGGGAGGGGUGUGAGUCUCAUAUCACCUAAGGGUCCCACAAUCAAUUUCAUCUGUCAUCAUUCAAAGGUGGCAUAUUGCCUCACUAGCUCGAUUAUCUGUUAUCCGAGGAAGUCUUAAAUAAACAAGGAGUUCAAGUUUUGCAGUUUUCUACCUUAAUCAAUGAAGAACUAUAGCUUAGCUGCAUUGUAUGAUGCUAGGAGAGGGACGCGGGUGGCGCUGUGGGUUAAACCACAGAGCCUAGGACUUGCUGAUCAGAAGAUUGGCGGUUCGAAUCCCCGCAAUGGGGUGAGCUCCCGUUCCUCGGUCCCAGCUCCUGCCAACCUAGCAAUUCGAAAGCACAUCAAAGUGCAAGUAGAUAAAUAGGUACCGCUCCGACGGGAAGGUAAACGGUGUUUCCGUGCUCUGCUCUGGUUUUCCAGAAGCGGCUUAGUCAUGCUGGCCACAUGACCCGGAAGCUGUUUGCGGACAAACGCCGGCUCCCAUGGCCAGUAAAGCGAGAUGAGUGCCGCAACCCCAGAGUCAUCUGCGACUGGACCUAAUGGUCAGGGGUCCCUUUACCUUUACCUUAUGAUGCUAGGAGAACCAGACAACUCACAGGAAAGGAUGAGAGAUCAAAGAGAGGAAAGCUGAUUACCUGUUGUGUCCAAGCAGCUAAGAGAAAACUCUGUAUGCUAACAUAAAAGUGGCUUGGUUUUCAGAAAGUGCAGACCACCCUUGUGUGUGAGAAGCCAUCAGUGGAAGUGGUUAGCAGCUCUCAGAAGAGAAGCCCUUCCUACACCAGACACUAAAGCUCAGAAAUAAAACUUAAGAUUUCCUCCUUCUCCUCAACCCCCCCCCCCCAAAUUGUUAUUUCCAAGAAGAUCUGCUUCUUUCCAAACAAUUUUGCCAAACUUCAUUUUGACAGAGCUGGCCUCACACCAGCUUAACUAAGUCACAUCAGCAUUGUAAAAUCCUUACUGCAGGAAAUAAUGAAAACUAAUAGAUUUCCUGGAUUCACUCCCCAGUUCCUGAAUGUAGGGAUAGGACAUUUAAAUAGUUUCCAUCAAGCGCAAGGACAAUAUGAUUGUGACACUUCCUGUUAGACGGUGCUACUAUGGGGCCCAACCAUUAGCAUCUUAAAAGCCAAUUUAUCAUUCGGGGGAAAGAGAGUGGUUUACAUUUUCACUGAGUAAAUGCACGGAAAAAGCAAUGAUGAUAAUGAGGGUAACAUGGGCAGUCUAGUACUGCAGCACAGGGAGGCUAAUAAGUAAAUAAAGCAAAGCUAUGGAAGCUGACUCUAUGCGCGAGAGUCUGCUUAUGCUUAUUAUGCCUGCCUAUAGAACUUAUGAGAGGUAGCCGAUGCAUUUGUUCCAUUGGCAAAGGAUUCCCAUUUGUGCAACUGAACUUCCCCUCUCUUUCUCUCUUCUCCCACGUCUCCCCCAAAUCUGCUCUGUUAGGGCUUUCACAGCUUUGGCAAGGAGGGCUCUAGGACCCUUCCAGAGCCUCACACCUCCUUCCCAAAACCAGAAUCAAUCUUAACCAGCUUUGGGAAGGCAGUAUAAGGGCCGAGGGGCCAUCAAUUUUUUGGCCUUACUCCCGCAACCAACCGCACAACAAGGCAGUGUGUCGCCUGCAAGUUCUGUGUCAAAGUACCCUUGCGACCCACUCAGUAUGAAAAGUUAGGCCUCCCUGAUCUAGAGCGGGUGCACACAUAGAUUUCUGCACAUGUACCACAUGACAUCAACAGAUACAUGUGAUUUGCAUGAUCUUUUCUUCUUGAAGAAGUGUGCAAAUUGUAUCUAUGUACAAGGUAGGAUGCAUGUGUGCGACACGCACAUAACAUUUUACAGUGUUCCCAGUCCUUUUUUUUCUAUUAAAAAAAACUGUUUUAGGGGUAUUCUCAUUUUCCUACUCAUAUUGAAAUACUGCCCCUCAAUUUUGCCAAACUUAGAUUCACAAAAUGUUUAGGGGUAUGCAUAGCCCUGCGUAACCCCAGGAAAAAGCACUGAGUGUUCCAGUGGGGAAGGGGGACAUCCAUGUGUUCCCGUACCAUACAUAUACUGGAAUUUUGGCUGCAGGGAAUGUAUGAAACUGGCCCUUUGUUUUACUUCUUCACCAAGUGCAUAGCAUGCAGAUUUCUUCAUAAUCUCUAGUGACAAACCAUUAACCUACACUUAAGAUUUAUGGACAAGUGUCAAAUGUGUUGUUAUUGUUACCUCGGCAAUGAGGUCUCAGCUUGGAUCGUUUUCUUAUGACCCAAAUCUUCCUCUUGCAUAAAUAUGAAUAAAUUUUAGUUGUUUGCCAUUUCAUCUGUGCCUUUUCACAUGAGCCACUGAAUGAUGCCGUUAUCCCAUUGCCUCACAGAACAACUCCCAAACAAGCCACGCAUUGCCCCUCUGUGUGUUGACAACUGGACUACAAAGAUUCAUGACUUCAGGGAUGUAGGGGGAGAACGCCAGAUGUAUGAUACGAAUUGCCAAGAGCUAUGUAAGUGUGUUCAUAGAGAAUGGGCAAAUGCAUCUGUGCAUACCAGAGUGGCAACAGUUGGUAAUCUCUCCUAUAUUUUUCGAGAUAACGGCUUGUUCUUUAAUUGGGGAGAAUGUUGCAAUCGAAAAGCCAAACAGCAAGAUACAUCUGAAUCUCCCUACAUUCAUUCACCUCAAGUUCAAAUUGUAAUUCAAUGA